CUUUCCCGAGAAAAUUAGAGAAAGAAACCCUAGUGAUGGAGUCCAUUGUUUCGGAGCUCGAAGGGACUCUUGUCAAGGACUCAGAUCCCUUCUCCUACUAUAUGUUAGUGGCAUUUGAAGCUUCGGGCAUAAUUCGGUUCGCUCUGUUGUUAAUGUUAUGGCCGGUGACUCGCUUGCUCGAUGCAUGUGGGAUGGGGGACUGUGGGCUCAAGCUAACCAUCUUUGUUGCCACCGCGGGGCUAAGAGUGUCGGAGAUCGAAUCGGUGGCAAGAGCUGUUUUGCCAAAGUUUUACAUGGAUGAUAUUGAUAUGGAGGCUUGGAGGGUGUUUAGUUCAUGUGACAAGAGAGUUGUGGUGACCAAGACACCUAGGGUUAUGGUGGAGAGGUUCGUGAAGGAGCAUUUGCGAGCUGAUGAAGUCAUUGGGAGUGAACUUGUAGUGAACCGUUUUGGUUUCGCCACAGGUUUCAUUAAGGGUGAUAUUGGUUCGAUUUCGCACCGUGUUGCUGAGCUUUUUGGGGAUGAACAGCCUAGUUUAGGGUUAUGCAGCCCUCAAACUGGUUCUUCUUUCUUAUCACUAUGCAAGGAACAAUCUCAGCCACCAUUCAUCAACAACCAAAAGCAUGACCGCCAGCUCGUCCGCCCACUGCCGGUGAUCUUCCAUGACGGCCGGCUCGUGAAGCGGCCCACACCAUCAACAGCCAUCCUAAUACUCUUAUGGAUCCCAUUUGGAAUCACUCUCGCCAUAAUUCGCAUUGCAAUUGGUGUAAUGCUACCAAUGUGGGCUGUCCCCAAACUUUCCCGGUUAUUUGGUGGCAAGGUCAUCGUGAAAGGAAAGCCGCCUCCACCGACUUCCGGUUCCGGCGUGCUCUUCGUGUGCACUCACCGAACCCUAAUGGACCCCGUUGUCCUCUCCUCCGUCCUGCAACGAAAAAUCCCAGCAGUCACAUACUCCAUUUCGCGCCUAUCAGAGAUUUUAUCACCCAUCCCUACCGUCCGAUUAACAAGAAUUAGACAUGUUGAUGCAGAUAAGAUCAAGAGCGAAUUGUCAAAUGGUGACCUAGUAGUGUGUCCAGAGGGGACAACAUGCAGAGAACCAUUUCUGUUGAGGUUUAGUGCACUUUUUGCAGAAUUAACAGAUAGGAUUGUCCCGGUCGCAAUGAACUACAGGGUAGGGUUUUUUCAUGCAACCACAGCUAGGGGUUGGAAAGGUUUGGACCCUAUAUUCUUCUUCAUGAACCCUCGACCAGUCUAUGAGGUCACAUUCUUGAACCAGUUGCCUCAUGAAGCCACUUGCUCGUCCGGUAAGAGCCCACAUGAUGUUGCCAACUAUGUGCAGAGGAUCUUAGCUGCUACACUAGGAUUUGAGUGCACCAAUUUCACCAGGAAGGACAAGUACAGAGUCCUAGCCGGCAACGAUGGAAUUGUUUCGUAUACUUCAAGUGUUGGUCGGAUUAAGAAGUUGGUGACUGGUUUUAAGAAGGUGGUGAGCACUUUUAAGCCCUUCAUUCAGUAAACAAAAAGUGAGAUUAUUGUUGUAUUCUUGUUUUUCUUCAUCUUUGUUCUGAUAUUUUUAUUUUGAUGCUAUCUUGCUUUGCUUGUACAAAUAAUUAAGGUGGAGGAUUUUUAUUUAUUUUUUGUUUUUUUAUAGAUUUUUUACAAGAAGUGUUGAAUAAUGUUUUAUUAGGAUUACCAAUAUUAUCAUUUGUUAUCAUUUACCCAAAAAAAAAAAUUUAUCAUUUGUUAUUGUUAAUGUUAGUUAUCCCUUUGGAUUGACAGAUUACAUUGCUAAUUUUAAUUCAUACUUUGGAAGUUUUUUUUUUUUUUUUAAAUGUAAAAAAUCAUCAUACUAUGGAAGUUGUCAUCAUAUAUAUAUAUAUAUUGGGAAUUGUUUGAUCAUCUUUUUCUGGGGAAGAAGUGAAAUAUAAUCGACCUGAAUUUGGGACCGCUAUUGAUAUCUAAGUGAAAUAUAUGCAUAGAAUAUAUUGAAUUUUUUUUCCUGUAAUGAAUAUAUCGAAAUGAA